UUGAAACAGACUACUGCUACUUCCAGCACCGUAUAGCAAGCAGCUCUGCUCUUACAUUUCACUGCCUUACUCUGCUCUGAAUGCACUGGAGUGGGAAUGGUCCGUCGGUAACUAUAAACUGAUUCUCAUCAGGAAACUGUACAUUAUCUCACCAUCACUUCAAAGGUCUCGUCAGGCAGAGGUGACGCCAGGAAAUGAUUUAAAGGUGAAAAUGACAAGGUUUCCACCCCUCAAACCUUGGCUCCUUUUCUGACAAUACAGUCUGAAUGAGCCUGAUGUCUUCUUUACUGUGGAGGUAGGAUCGGACCAGAGAACAUAUUUUUUUUUUACUCCUGAUAAAGAAGAUUGUUGAGAAGCUCAUUUUUUAAAAAAACAUUUCAAAUUGUGGCACAGAUGGAUUUUAAAGAGUGUUAGAUCUUUCCAAUGAACACUAAUAGAGUACUCUGCUCUUGGCUGGAUUUUUCAGAGAAUGGCAAUGGUCUCUGCAAUGUCCUGGGUCCUGUAUUUGUGGAUAAGUGCUUGCGCAAUGCUACUCUGCCAUGGAUCCCUUCAGCAUACAUUCCAGCAGCAGCACCUGCACAGACCAGAAGGAGGGACAUGUGAAGUGAUAGCAGCACACAGAUGUUGUAACAAGAAUCGCAUUGAGGAACGGUCACAAACAGUAAAAUGUUCCUGCCUACCUGGGAAAGUGGCUGGAACGACAAGAAACCGACCUUCCUGUGUCGACGCCUCCAUAGUGAUUGGAAAAUGGUGGUGUGAGAUGGAGCCUUGUCUAGAGGGAGAAGAAUGUAAGACUCUCCCUGACAAUUCUGGAUGGAUGUGUGCUACAGGCAACAAAAUUAAGACCACAAGAAUUCACCCAAGAACCUAACAGAACCAUUUGUGAUAGUAAAGAAAAACCAACUCCAUGGAAAGUCAUUUGAGAAGUUAAAACACCUUCCUCAUUUACAAGCCAAAUGGAUUUCUUAUUUGCACUUUGACUGGCUACCAGAUAAUCACAGUGCGAUUACUGUGUGUAAUGAAAUAGCCUAUCAUGAGAAGACUCGGAGUUGUUGGCAACACCAUGGAAAGUGGGUUUAACAAAAGAGUUUUCUCAAUGAAAUUUUUUGGGAUUAUGAAGAACGAUCAACUAUCUUCUAAUUUGGAUCUAUAGUUACUUUGUACCAUUUGAAAUAUAUGUAUAUAUAAUAUUUUGAAAUAUUAUAUAUUCUCUUCAAGAAAUGAACAGUACCACAGUUUGAGAUGGCUGAUAUACCCCCUUUGAGUUUUGGAUGUUUUGUCUGUUAUGUUUUCUUUGUCAUUUCUUUUAAUAUCGGUGAGGAAGACAUACCCUUUUGAGAAUUCAAGAUGGCACUGAUACUAGAAGGUCAGCUACCAGUGGACUCCUGGAAUUUGAGGCAUCAUAAUGAUACUGAAUCAAGAACUUCCUUCUGUUUCUACCUGAUGGCCCAAGGAAGCACAUCGUCCUGUUUUAUUGCUUUCUACUCUGUGCGAUAUUAGCAUGCAAGCUUGGCUUACAUAACCAUACUUUAUAUUCAAUUGAUAUAUAAUAACCAUUCUAACCUCUUCCAGGAAAAUAUUUUUAGAACUCCUAGCUUUUCCACAGAAAAGAAAAUGAGGAUUCUUAAGGGAAAACUGCUCCAUCAUGCUAUUAAGACUCUGACAGAGUUAUGGUAGGUUAUGGAUCCCUGUAUUAAUAAGUCCUGUAAAUACAAUGUCUUAAGGCUUUGUAUAGCUAUCCUAGACUGCAAAAAUUCCUCUGAUCAAAUCCAAAGUCUGGCAUCAUUAACUACAUAGUGCUGUAGCAACAAGUCUUAUCAUGGCACCUCUUUCUAUGUUUGCUUUGCUUUUUCCAAGAGUAUUCAGAUUUCUUCUGGUGAGAUAGGAAGGCUAUGAAAACAAUUAGGUUUCAGAAUGAUCUAUGUGACCAAAUGUUGGACAGCCCUAUUAAAGUGGUAAACAGCUUCUUUCUAAACCUACUUGUCCUCUUUAUUUGCUUUUUAACUUUUUUUUUUCUCAUCCAGAUUGGCUUGAACCAAAUCCAUGAUAUCCUGGUCAGAGAAUCAUAGUUCACCAGAACUUCUAUGACGUCUUUACUUCUAUCACAGCCAUUAUUUCCUACCCUAAUAUAUUGAAAACCAGAGAUGUACUAUUUUAACUGUAAUGUCCAUGUCAGCAAAAUGAAAUAUCUCAUCCUAUUAUUGGGCUUCCAUAGUGGUCACUAGAUGAUACAGAUAAGGUUCAUGACCUCCAAAAGAAGUUAUUAUCUAUCUUUCCUUCAUGAGAAUUAUUUAGCCGAUACAAUUAAGCAUAUUAGUGCUUCCCAUUUUUAUCACUCAUCCUAUCAUCUCCCAUAUAUAUCCUUUUUUAUCUAAACUGUAUCCUUUGGAAUGCAUAUUGCUAGGGCCUAUUACUACAUCAGCCCCACAAUGGGUCCUGUAAUCUGCACUUGUUAAACUUCAGGUGAAGUCAAGAGCCUCCU